GGGAUGUGUGGAAGAGGGAGGGGGAAGGGGGGUGGACGAGGGGUCCUCGUUGCUGCUGGUCCUGGAUGUGCAGCUUCUGCUGCUGCUGCUGCGUCAGUGAAGGCAUCACGCAUUGCUGAAGUUGGCGGCGACAGUGUAAAUGAUGAGAGUAGUGGACCGCUGCUCCUUCUCACCUGCUCCUGCUCCUGCUCUGCCCCUGCUCCGCUCCUGCUCUGCUCCUGCUGUAUCCUCCUGCCCCUGCUCUGCUCCUGGUUGUCACCGCUGAGAGCUGCUGCUCCAGCCGCCGCUUCGGUCUCUCGGUCAAACCGAGCAACUUCGAGUUCCGGACGUGUCCACGGGCAGGGAUGAAGACGGUGCGAUUUCAGUUUUGUUUUCACCUCUUUGCCUUCAUCUCUGUGGGGUCACCACUCAACCCCGAUGACCCCAAUGUGUGCAGCCACUGGGAAAGCUAUGCAGUGACGGUGCAGGAGUCGUACGCUCAUCCCUUCGACCAGGUCUACUACACCCGCUGCACUGACAUCCUCAACUGGUUCAAAUGUACCAGGCACAGGAUCAGCUAUAAGACAUCGUACAGGAAAGGUGUGAGGACCAUGUACAGGAGACGCUCUCAGUGCUGCCCAGGUUUCUACGAGAGUGGAGACCUCUGUGUCCCUCUGUGUACAGCGGAGUGUGCCCACGGCCGCUGCGUCUCUCCAGACACAUGUCACUGUGAGCCCGGAUGGGGAGGACUGGAUUGCUCCAGUGAAUGUGACAGCGACUUCUGGGGGCCUCACUGCACCAACCGCUGCCAGUGCCGCAACGGAGCCAAAUGCAACCCCAUCACUGGAGCCUGUGUCUGCACCGAUGGCUACCAGGGGUGGCGCUGUGAGGAGACCUGCGACGCCGGCUUCUUUGGUAAAGACUGCAUGCUGGAGUGCCGGUGUGUCAACGGCGCCACCUGUCACCAUCAGACUGGCAAGUGUCUGUGUGCCCCAGGAUACACAGGAGCCCUCUGUGAGGACACAUGUCCUCCAGGGAAACAUGGCUCCCAGUGCCAACAGCUCUGUCCCUGUCAAAACGAAGGGACGUGUCAUCACGUGACCGGACGCUGCUCCUGCCCUGCUGGCUGGAUGGGACCAGUGUGCACGCAGCCGUGUGCGUUUGGAUCGUUCGGCAUCAACUGCUCAGAUGAGUGCACGUGUCAUAACGGCGGACUGUGUGAUCACAUCAGCGGUCAGUGCCAGUGCACUGCAGGCUACAUCGGAGAGAGGUGUCAGGAUGAAUGUCCCGUUGGCACCUACGGGCCACAGUGCGCCCACAAGUGCGACUGUCAGAACGGAGCCAAAUGUUACCACAUCAACGGGGCAUGUCUCUGUAACGACGGCUUCAAAGGACCGAGCUGUGAAGACCGGUUCUGUCCCAGUGGCCUAUAUGGAGUCCUGUGUGAUAAACAAUGUCCCUGUAUCGCUGAACUGGUGCUCAGCUGCCACCCUCUGUCAGGGGAGUGCUCCUGCUCCUCAGGAUGGACGGGUCUCUUCUGCAACGAGACGUGUCCGGCAGGUUACUACGGCAGUGGCUGCAAGGAGUUGUGUGUCUGUGCCAACGGAGCCGACUGUGACGGCACCACCGGAGCGUGUGUGUGUGCACCAGGAUUUAUGGGUGAUGACUGUUCCAUCAGCUGUCCCUCAGGUCUUUAUGGAAUCAACUGCUCCCUGUCAUGUUCCUGCCAAAACGAAAUUUCCUGUUCACACCUUGACGGCUACUGCACCUGCAGAGAAGGUUGGCAGGGUGUGGACUGUUCCAUCCCGUGCCCCAGCGGUACAUGGGGAAAGAACUGUAAUCAGACCUGUCAAUGCGCCAACAGGGCUGCGUGUGACCCAGUCAACGGUACCUGCACCUGUUCAUCAGGCUGGAGAGGGGAAUACUGUGACACACCUUGUCCUGGCGGCUUAUACGGGCUGGACUGCAGCCAACAAUGCGACUGUGUCCACUCUGAAGGCUGUGAUCCAGUGGACGGCUUCUGUCGCUGUCUCACAGGUUGGAUGGGUGUCCACUGUGACAGUGUGUGUGUUGAUGGACACUGGGGACCCAACUGCUCCUACAGCUGCACCUGUGAAAACGGAGGCUCCUGCUCCCCGGAGGACGGCACCUGCCUUUGUGCUCCUGGUUAUCGUGGCACCAACUGUAGAAGAACCUGCUCUCCUGGUUUCUACGGACAGCGCUGCAGCCAGUCGUGUCCCCCCUGCGACCACAGUGACGGGGCAUGUCAUCAUGUGACAGGUCACUGCCGAUGUCUCUCCGGCUUCUCUGGCUCCCUCUGUAACCAAGUGUGUCCUGUGGGCCGGUUCGGUGAGGCCUGUGCCCAGGAGUGUGUCUGCACCAACAACGGCACCUGUAGUCCCAUCGACGGAUCCUGCCACUGCUACCCUGGAUGGAUCGGCGCGGACUGCUCCAAACCAUGUCCUCAGGGCUCGUGGGGACCAGACUGCAUUCACACAUGUAAUUGUCACAAUGGAGCCCAAUGCAGUGCCACAGAUGGAGAAUGUGACUGUGGCCCAGGAUGGACCGGACUUUACUGCACUCAACGUUGUCCCACAGGAUUCUACGGAGCCCAGUGUUCUGAGGUCUGCCACUGUCAGAACGGUGCCGACUGUGACCACAUCUCUGGACAGUGUUUGUGUCGAACUGGAUUCAUCGGACACAGCUGUGACCUCAAGUGUCCAGCGGGGACGUUUGGCUACGGGUGCCAGCAGCUUUGUGAGUGCAUGAACAACGCCACCUGUGACCAUGUGACGGGAACCUGCUACUGCAGCAUCGGCUUCAAAGGCAUCCGCUGUGAUCAGGCGGCUCUGAUGAUGGAGGAAUUGAACCCCUACACUAAGAUCAGCCCAGCACUGGCCUCAGAUCAGCAGUCAGCUGGUGCCGUCCUGGGCAUCGUCUUACUGCUGCUGCUCAUCAUGCUGAUGCUCGGCCUCGUCGUCUGGUUCCGUUAUCGUCAGAGACAAAAGGGUCGUCACAUCCCGACCGUCACCUACACUCCAGCCCUGCACAUCAACUCCACCGACUAUUCACUCUCAGACUACAUGAAGGGCUCUCUGUCCAGCACUUGCUCCCUGAACAGUGAGAACCCGUACGCCACCAUCACUGAGGCGGCCGCUCUGAGCAAACACCCGGAGAGCAGCUACGUGGAGAUGAAGUCACCGGCCCGACACCAGCACGUGACUCACUGCUGUUCCACGGCUGCUGUCGUCACCACCACCAGCUCCAGCCCCAGCUCCAGCUCGGCUCCUGUCAAGAACGUCUACGACAUUGAGCCCACCCUGACUGUGGUCCACGGACCAGCGGCAGCCAUGUCUCCUCCCUGUUGUUCUCAGAAUCCGUACGACUUGCCGAGGAACAGCCACAUACCCAGUCACUACGACCUGGUGCCCAUACGACAGAGCUAUUCCCACGGCCACAGCCCACCUCUGCCAGGCAGCCCUGCCAGUUCACUCCUGUAAACCCAGACGACCCUCCCUGGACCCCCGCCCCUCCUGAAGGACAGGGUGGAGCUGCCCUUAUAUCAGGAACACAGGACCUGAAAAUGAUCAGCGAUGUGAUCGUGAAGACGAACAGUUAUCAGACUGUCUGUGUGUGUGUGUGUGUGUGUGUGUGCAUUUUACUACUGUAUUUUAUUCUCCCUGUGUUUUAUUGUAAAAUAUUUAUCAGCAAACAUCAACAAAGGCAUACACACACGUACUACUGUAUAUGCAAAUGAGUACACCUGGUACUGAGGUGUUGUAACAGUCAGACAUGUUCUUUAAUGAUCUCAAAGACAGGUGGCGGCAGAGAGACCAGAAAAUAUCCAGAAAACACUGAGUGAGGUCAAAGGUCAGGGACAGAGAGAAGAGGGAGGAGUUAAGACAGAUGUCCAAGUGUCCACACUACAGCAGAGAGACUGUAGAGAACUCUGGUUCUGGUUCUGUUUUCUCCAUGGCUGCUCACACAUGUCGGACUUGGCUGCAGGUAAACGUUCCUGUUUCUCUGGGUUCAGCUGACGUUCUUUCUGAUUCGUCUCAGAACGGAGCGAUUCAGACCUCACUUUCAAAAAUGCAUUAAAAAUAAAUCUAGUUUAAAAAAUAUCAGACAAAAAGGACAAAAAUUGAAUCCUGAAUUUUCUCUGGCCAAUCAAAUAAUAUUUUAAUUUAUAUAGAGGUUGUCAUGUUUUUAUUAUAUUUUUUAAUCAUCAGAUUUAUUAAUUUAUUUGGUUUGUAAACAUUUAAAAUAAUACACUGCUUUUUUAAAGUGAUUUGCUGGUAUCAGCAGUGUGUACUGCAGUACUCCAGACUCCUUUUGAUAAAAAUAAAUAAAUAAAAUUGUUGUUGUUCAGAACCUCACUCCAUCGUUUGUCUAUAAAAUAAUUAAAUAAUAUUUUUGUCCUUUGUCUGAUGAAAAGUUUCAGGAGAGCAGCAGAAUUUUUUUUCCCAUGUUCCAUCAGGGGCUCCGUGUGUGAAUAACUGUUAGAUUAAAUGACCAAAAUCCAGAUUCUAUUUUUUCGUGCAUUUUUGAAAGUGUUCCUAAUUUUCUGGACUACAGACGGUGACGGUGUUUGUGUUUAUGUUUAUAUCACACUUUCCUAAAGAACCACUGGGUUUCGUAGAGUUCUGCGUUUGUUCACUGAUGAUUCUCUGAGGUCAGGAUGAAACUGAACAGAUUUACACUCUACACAUACUGUAUUUCUGAUGUUUUUUACAGAUUGUUUUUAUUGUUAUUUUUUAUUUACAUAUUCACAGUGCGGUGUUUGUAGAUUCCACUGCUCAGUGUUGUUGUGAUUUUCUUUUCUAGUCGUGCAUGUCAAAGAUGAUUUCAAGUCUAACACUUCAGGAUCAGAUUUCAGUGACUGAUCACGUUAACAAGUGAAGGCCAAAUGUCAACGUUAAAACGCCCUCUAGUGGGUAAGAAUCAGAGAUCAGGACUGUAUAUAUCUAACUCACUGUGACAUUGCUUUAUUUAUUUUAUUUAUCUCUCUCAGUGGUACUGAUCUUUGCUAACAGCACUAAUCAAAGGUCAGAGGUCAUGUCGACAAUCAGAUGUAAACAACUUUUUUCUCACUGUUGUUUUUUUUUUCCCCCAACUUUUUUUUCUAACGGUGUUGAAAUCUGUGAAGUUGUUUUUUCUUCUGUUCGUCUCCAGGUUGAGACCCAAUAAAGUUGU